CGUCUAUUUACCAAAAUAUGUCAAAUGACCUUGCUAGUUUGUAAACAUUACUUCGGUAAAACAUUUUGAAUUAUUCUCAUUAAUCUUGAGGCUUUUGCAUCAAUCAAUCACUUUUUUUCGUAUACUAAGCAAUACCUGUGAGAGUACAAAAUGAACAUCGAUUUUGAAACUAUGGCAGUGCUGGAAGAGGAAUCUCAAAACGAGUCCAUAGACGGCGUAUACGGGUCGCUCGGCGCGUCGGGUCCGGAGACGGAGCGCCGCGAGAGCGGGAAGCGCGGCCGGCGGCCUGGCAGGAAGGCGCAACUGGACAAGCAGGACAUGAAAGCCAAGCUGGAGCGCAGUAGGCAGUCAGCGCGCGAGUGUCGCGCCAGGAAGAAGCUCCGGUACCAGUACUUGGAGGAGCUGGUGGCUGACAGGGAGCGCUCCGUGCUCGCACUCAGGAAGGAGCUCGACAAGUAUUACAAAUGGAACCAAGAGCUGGACCAGGGCCGUAUGCCCGAGGGUCUGGAGGCGAUGCUCCAAGAGCUAGGCGUAGUGAAACAGGAGGAGAAACCGUUCUAGGCCUGCCGGGGUUCCCUGCUAUCUCCCCCUUGGAGGAAACGAGGUAAAAUCUACCAAAAAUCUCUUUUUAACAAACCUUCGGAGACUAUCAAAAAUCUUCGUUGGAUCCUUCAUCAGAUUUUCAAGAUUUCGGCUCUUCGUUUGGAUCCUCAAUAACUCUUCCAAUUUACGUUUCCUUCUAUGUUCUUACUAUGUUCAAAUUAAAAAAUUUAAAGAUUGACUCUUCAUGUAAAAUAUUUGGAUUCUAAUUUGUGUGUUUUUAAGGAGUAGAUUCGAUAUGUUUGCAAAAACGUUGACCAAUUAUUUAAAAUAUUAGGAUCCUAAAUGAACUUAUUAAUCAACUAGAUCCUUAUAAUUUUAUCAACUUAAAAUUUAUUUACACCAUUAUUUUGCAAUGUUACUGUUUAUAUUUAAAAAACUGAGUGUAUGACACUAUUAUUUUUAGGACAGUUUUUAAAAAACUUAAAAUGUAUCAUGUAAGGGACAGAAAAGCAGGGAAUUGAAAGAGUUGUGUAUUUUCAGAUCAAGUAUACAAUAAUGAUAUUCCAUAUACAUAUACUUUUGAUUUUGCGGAGUACCUAACACAUACAAUAAAUUUAAUGUAUUAUUUAUGAUUUUGAAGCCAGAAUAUGCCUUAUUAAUAAAAAAUUGGUUUAGUUAUUUUCAAAUUCAGUAAUUAUACUCAUCUAAGACUAAACAAAUUUAAUACCCGAUAGGACUGUAAUCAAAAUAACUAUUUUAAAUAAUAAGACAUUAACAGAAACUUGGAACUACACAGAAAUAAACCUAUUUUAGGUAUUCUAUGUUUUGAAGUGCCAGAUAGACCGUUUAUUACAAUUGUAAACCCGUACUUUACAACAUCAUUAAAACUAACUAUAAAUUAAAGAUAUAUUGGUAUUCUAUUAUAUAUUUAUAGUCAAAGAAUAUCAUACUGACGGUUAGUUUUGAUAUUUCCAAAAAGUAACUAAUCAAAACUAGUUCUAUCCUCUAUUACAUAUAAGCAGAGGUCCGACAGGGUGAGUUAUUUAUCUUAUAAUUUGACAUGUCUUACGUCAUUUUAUAAGGCAAAAUAGCUCACCCUUUCCAAUUAUAAGCAUAGUCUUCAAAAAGCCUAAAAAAGUAUAAUCCUAGUAUUCUUAGUUGUCAAAUAAAAAAGAAGACCGGUAUUCUUCGAAGUUCCUUUAAACUCCGCAAAAUCGAAAGCUCUAGGCGUAAGUUAACAUUUUUGUUAAGGUUUUGAUGUGACGCACAUAUUUUUCGAGGGUUAUAUAUUAUUAUGAAUAGUCGCAGAAAUAGUUUGUUGAUUUAAGUUUUAGUUUUGUGUUUUUAUGUUUAUUGUGAAUCUAUGAAUUGCUUAUGUUGAGUUUUGUUAUUUGCUAGUUUCCGGGAUCAUUUACUUAUUUAUUAUGUAUACGUCAAUGUUAAUCAAUUAGUUACGGUUAUGUGUUAGGAUUAAGCUUAUCUUUUGAAUCGAUGGAAAAUUACGUGGUUUUCAUUAUUUUUAACGAAUUUAAUAGGAAUAACGUAAUUAAAUUGUGCCAGAAUUAUUUUAAUGCGAUUUAAGUUUAAUACCUAUAUUUUAAUUAAAUAUAAUGUUAAUGUCGUUUGAUAUUUUCAAUCUUUGCUUAAUUUAUUUGCUUAAUGAAAUAUUAGAACAUGAGUUUUACUGGUUGAUUAUUUUAUCAUAAUUUAAUAUUUUUAUAUACAUACAUAUCUAUUUAAAAUCUCAACAAAAUUAAUUUUAUAAUCGUUGUAAUUUGCUUAUACUUAGACCGAUAUUUGUUGAGAAUUCAGUACUAAUCUCGUGUAGUUUCUUUUAAAAUACAUAUACAUAUAUUUUUUGCAUGUUAAAAAAUAAUUAAGAUUGAACAUUUCAAACAAACUCAUGUGUCAAUAUUUCGGGCAAAGGAUCUCGUCUUUUCUAGGAAGUGUGUAAAGUUAGUAUUUAAUCUCAAUGUGUCUUUAUUAAUUUUAUUCAUGAAACCACAUUAUAGUUAUUUGACCUAUGGGUAUAUAUUUGAGAACCAUCCAACCUAAUUUUUUUUCAACUCGAGAGUGAAUAGACAUCUCUUAGGUAAGCAUCCUAGACCACAUCGGCACUUAUCAUCAGGUGAGAUUGUGGUCAAAUCCUUUAUCCAAUAAAUAAAAAUGUAAUUGUACUGCUUGUAUAAUUGAAGCCAGAUCUUUUGUUGAGUAUUGUCACUAGUAACAUAGCAUAAACCUAAUACAUAGUAUAUAUUAUUUACCAAAAAUAUCUAGGUGGUAUACUCGUCAACAGAGUGAUAAAGUAGUUGUUUUGAUACACAUCAUAUUUGAGUUUUGCAUCGAAUAUUCUUACUUUUUUAAUUAAGCUAAUUAAUACAUUAACUUAUGUUUACUUUAUGUGAUUAAGUCAUACAUUGAAAGAAAAGACAGCAAAGGAAAAGGUAAAGAAAAAUAUAUUUAUAUGUUUUGCUUGAUUAAAAAAUACAUUCAUUCUAAAGUUUACGUAUAUUUAGUUUUCGAUGUAUAUUUAAUUUAUUGCUUUAAGAAUUGUUCGUUUGGCAAAGCUACUGUUAUUGCUUUUUCUAUAUUAAUUUAUAAUAGUUACUUUUGAUUUAAGGUUUCUAUAAUUUUAUUAUUAUUAUGAAAGUUAAUUUGCAGUGUACUUCCUUCGUUCAAUUAUUAGUUUUAAUUUGUGUUUAAUUUGAGUUUAUUCUUAAAUUCUUCAAUAGAUCUUAACAUUUGCUUUAUUAAUGACAGUUCCUUCAAUUAUAGAUACUUGAAAAAUGUAUAAAUCAGUAUAUAAAUUUUGUUAAAUAUUUUGGAGUUACAUUUAUAAUCUUAUUCUUUAAACUCUAUUCACUGUCACUUAAAUUGAAAUUAACUUAUGAAUCAAGGUCUAUUAUGGUAUUAAAAGUCGCCUUACAAUAUAAACAGAAUGAGGACUGUCAGUGAUAAAUGCUAAAAAACUGUAUUUUUUAUAAAUUCUAUAAUCAAUACGAACGAACCAUUUAACUUGAAUAUUUAACCACUUAGGUAUUAUCUUUUUCAUCGGCAAUCGGUACAGGGAUAAUUUACCUGUUACAUAGUUGUUAGCAGAUUUAAGACGGUUAUUGUUAAAAUCUGCAACACAAAUCCUGCCUAAAAUAUUUUUUUCCUUAACAGAAGACGCAAGUUAAUUUUACACAUUGAAGUUAAAAAUAUUGAAAAGAUGAUCUGUUGUAUAAAAAAAUAUCUGUUAUUACAAAAUAUACAUAUAAACAUUAUAUUUCCUUUGGCGAUUCAGUUCAUGCUAACAAAAGCAAAAUGACAGCUGUAGGCACCUAUACCAUAUAUCUUUGUCCUAUGAAAUAAUUAUAAUGGUUGCUAUAUGAGUUAAAAAAAUAGUUUCUUUUUAAUUCAUUUUUAAUAAGUUUUGUCGGCAUUCCGCCUUCCGAUCGCAUUAUCUAUUUUUGUGAAAAAUUAUAUAGCUUCAUUGUUGUCGUUUUCAAAUUUUUAUAUUUGAAAAGUAUUUUUACAAAGAAAACAACAAAAACUAAAAUCGUGGGGAGGCAAUCCUAAGUGGAGGUUUGCCUAACACUAUGAUAUUGCAUUGUAGGGGAUACUUCAAUACAAUGUUAUAUUUUAGCCAAAAAAAGGAAUACUUCAUACAACCUAUGAAAAUCCACCUCAGUAGAAUUAAGAGUUUAGUGUUAAGUAUUAGUUAAGUACUAUAAUAACUGCAUGUUUGACAGUAGAUUCAAUUGUUAAAUUAAAAGUUCUGUUAUAAAGAUUUACUUUAAUAAUGAGAACUUGUACUUAACUAUUGAGAAACUGGGGGCCUACCGCAAAAAUAUAAUUUCCGUUAUCUUCCUCUCUUUCACUCUUAUUGCAUAUUCGCGUGAUAGAGGUAGAUAACGAAAUAUCGAUAUUCGAUUUUUACGGUAGACUCUUGCAUUACAUAGCUAAGUGUAAAUAUAGUUAAGGGAAGUAAGGGUACAUUUACACUGGUCCGUUUAGGCUGCGUUCGCUUUGGAUAUCGGAUGCAGUCAGCGGAACAGUGUAAAGCUAUUUUCAAUAUAUAUUAUAUUGGUUUUGUAUUUAUUCA